AUGUCGCACGAUGCCAGCGCGCUCCCAUCGGAGCUGCUCACCUCGGCGGCCCCGUUGGUGGGUCUAUCCGGACUGGAUGUGCAGCGAAAUCCCAUCCACAAGACGGUGUGGGAUGCGUUCAACAACGCUAAGAAGCCCGACAGUGAGUCCAUCCAGUAUAAGCUGCUUCCGGCGAGCUACGAGUUCCCUGUGUCCAAGCCGAAACACCAAUCGUACGAAUGGUACACGCCCAAGGGCAUCCUCAAGCGCAACUGGAUGUUGAAGCACCUCCACGUGCUACCGGCGGUCGUCGUGUUGUUUCAGGAUCUCGAAUGGAACGACCCCAAAUGGACGGAAAAGCAGCUACAGUGCGCCGCCACGAUACAGGUGCUGAAAAACUCACUCCAGGGCCGGAACACGCGCAUUGCGAUAGCGCUUCUUCAGCGUGGCAACUACCUGCAGCAGGGUGAAGACAUGCUGGCCUCGGAACGAGCCGCACAGCUGACGAGCAAUUGCGACAUUAACGCGAAACUGCUGUUUGUGUUGCCACACAACGACCACCUGAUGGGGCACAUCUUCCGGCUGCAAUCGGCGUUCCUCGAGCUGGCCCAAUCGUACUACGCGCAAGUGAUGAAGCAGAUUCGGUUGCACCGUGAUCAGCUGACGGAUGCGCACACGGUGCUGAAGAUCCGGCAUCAGUUUAAGCUCGGGUUUAUUUCCGAGCUUAAGCUGGAUCAAUCGAACGCGCUGCGGCACUACCGGCAGACGUACACGUUCCUGGAUGACGUGCGGAUUGUCGAUACAAACUGUCUCGAGCUGAAGACGAUCGCCGGAUUCGUUAACUACAAGAUGUGCAAGCUGUUUUUUCGGUUGAACGCGCCCAAGGACUCGAUUUCGCAGUUUAAGAACCACAUCAACAAGUACCGCCAGCGGGCGGGUUUUAAGGAGCUGCUGUUCGAGCAUUACGCUUGGUUGAGCGUGCAGUACAGUGCCUUCGCGGAGCUGUUCUGCGACGCGGUCAAGAACGGGCUGGCCCCACUGCAAACGCAACAUCCGGGCAUCUACUUCCACAAGGCGGCCGAGUUCAUCGGGCAGCGUAAGGACGCGUUUUUGCAGUGCACUGCACUUGGGACGCCGGGUGCUGGUGAACACGGACCGGCCAGUAAUUCGGCGCUGUACAGCGAUUUCUUUGGCAUCCGGGGUAGCGCGAAGACGGGCGAACCCGUAUCCGAGCAGCAGAUUAUCUGCUUGGUGCAGGAAAACGAGAAGGCGUACAAUCACUCGGGCGAAAUCAUCACCCUGCUCGGGAAGGCGAUGGCCCAGUUCAAGGUGUACCGGUGUUUGCGGUUCCGCAAGAAGCUUGCGAUCGACAUGGCCGAAGAGUAUCUGAAAAGCGGUGAUCACUCGAAAGCCCUCACGCUUUACUCGCUGAUGUUGACGGAUUACCGCGUGGACAAGUGGUAUACCAUCUUCACGCAGGUGCUACUGAAGACGCUCCAUUCGGCGUAUCUGUCCGCUUCGGUGCCCGAUUUUGUGGCCUGCAGCAUCGAGGCGUUGUCACCGCAUAUCGCGAUGGAGAAACAGGAGCGCAUACUUAUCCUCGAGAACCUCUGGAAGGUGUUUCACCGUGUCUCGCCGGUGUCGAGCAGUCAGAUCGCACCGGAACUGUCGAACCAUUGGCAGACGGCGCUGGCGUCGUUCGCUAGCCCCAUCAAGCUGGAUCUGGACCAGCUGAACGAUCUCGUCGAGUGCCGGCUAACGUUCGAGAAGCGCCAGAUCCGGAAUGACGAGAAACUGCAGCUGCAGUUGUACAUCCGCUCGCUGACGGAGGUUCCGUUGAAGCUGAAAGCUUUCUACAUCUUGCUGACGGAUCUGAAGUCGAGCAGUGUCCGCAUUGGUGCUUCCCAGUACGCUGAGUACGUGGGGCCCGUCGACGAGGAUUCAACCGCUGGGUUGAAAGCAAUCGAAGAGUUCAUCCUGGAACCGGACAAAUGCUACCGGGUGCUGUUUGUCGGCGAUCGGUACCUGUUCGCGGAGAGUGUGGACGUGCACAUUUUCCGGCUCGAGUUGCAGAUGGGCUCGGACAGCACGCACGCCGUGCUGUCCGUCCGGGAGAAGCUAAACACGAGCAAGUCGUUCAAAUCGUACAAUCCGCACGUGGAUUGCAUGGAGAGUAUCGCCGUCAUCGGCUCUUGCUACAUCAUUCCGACGUUCCACUUGGGAUCGCAAACGAAACCAACGAAUCAGCCGAUGUUGACGAACGAGUUCUACCAGGUGACGACCAAAAUUUUCAACCAAUCCAACCUCUGCCUGCAGAACGUCGGUGUAAGCAUUAGCGUGCCGCAGUCGAUGCGAAACAAUGUGUUCCUUACGACCGACCUUAACCAUCCGAUGCAAAAGAUCCACUCCCAUGUACAGAUCGACAUCGGUGAACUGCAGAUGCAGUCCUCCACGACCGUGUCGUACUAUCUCGCUAGUCUGGUCGCGGGAAACAUUGAACUGCGUCAGAAGAUGUACUACCAGAUGGCGGAUCCACACCAAAGCAAGUUGGCCAUACCGAAUGGGGGUACUGGAUCGGCCACCGUCGACUCGCCGUCUACUCCGACCAGCGAGAAGGAAGACUUAGCGAAACUGCUGGCCAACGAGAAAAACCUGCAGAAGUACGUGAACAGCCACAACGUGAAGAUUGAACCGGUCGAUACGGACGGGCAGGUGCGCAAGAUCAAAGAGGACACCGUGGUGGUACCGUGUGUAGAGGAAAUCAAACUGGUCGGUCGGUUUUAUACGCUCAGCCGCGAAGCACUUGGGCAGGCGUACCGGCACGAGGAUUUCCUGCUGCGCGUCAACAUGGUCGUGAAGUCGCCCGAUCCAAUCGACAUACUCGAAACGCGAUUCAUAAGUGAUCACAACAUACUGGAGAAACCGUACCAGAAUGGCGCGCCUGUCUGUGGCAGUGGGUUACGUCCGGCAAGCCGGUUCGAGGAGCUGAAGCUACUCAGUGCGGUCAACUGCACCAAGGACUGGGUGUCGAAAGGCGAUUACCUCGCGAACGACACGCAGCUUGUGUUCAAUCGGUCUCGCUCGCCGGAUGCCAGCGGCCAAGCACCGACGCCACCGAACCGACUCACGGACGAGCAGUACAACAGGAACCUUCUCUCGAAACUGCCCACAAACGCCACGAUAAUCGGUAGCACUAGUGCGCAGCUAACCAACCAGCUGAAUCAAUCUCUAACGCCUCAUCCCUUAAAUCAUGCUGCCUUGGCCGAUACGACGAUGGUUUCCACCACCGGGGACGACGGUACUGCGGUUGUAGCCGGUGCAAAAGUAAACACCACCCUCAUGACCACGUCCACGGGCAGCGUGGAGGAAUUCAAGGUGAAACCAUUGCCCCUCAACGAUGCGUCGCUGGUCGCUUCAUCGAAGGCGGGUGGACCAUUCGCUGGGGAUGACCAGGCCAGCAGGGUGGUCACGAAAACGAUCUUCAACUGUGCGCUUGAUUGCGUGCAGCUGACGAACGGCGAGCGGAACGGGUUCAUCAACGCGCAGUACAACCGAACGGAACAGGCCGACGGCAACACGACCGGAACCGGGCAAACCCUUCCCAUCUUCGGCAUGUACUGUGUGCGAUGGUGUCGUUCGCGGACGCCCGACGUCGUGAAUGAGUCGAAAUUCGUCAUCAAUGGCAUUGAGGUAAUCGAUCCACCGCUAAAUCUGUACUGCUACCUCGACCAGCGGAUGUACGUACGGGCGCCGAUGACGCUGCGUAUUACGCUACGGAAUCCGACGCGAAGGAUUCUGCACCUGCAAGCAAUACUGAACAGCUCCGACAGCUUCAUGUUCGCCGGACAUCGACAGCUGAACGUAACGAUAUUUUCCUACUCCUCGUACGAUCUGCUGUUUAACUUGUGCCCGUUAAAGGCCGGCUGGCAACCGCUGCCGGAGCUUCAACUAGAAUAUCAAAAUUUCCAAACACCGGCAGCUGCUCCGGCCGCGGGCGGUAAACCUUCAGCGGCGGAAGCGCCUGCCACGGCAACAACGACGACGACGACGAUCGGGAACGAUGUGAUAGCGGACGGUUUGGAGGGCCAACGGAAAGCGGAACUAGCGUCGCUCGUGCAACGGUGGAUGCCAAAAAUGGCGUUUGUUCAUCCACCGACGCGAACACUGUGAUCAACAACGAUAUGUUAAAACGGCGAGGUGCGUGGUGCGUGUACAGAUUGGUUGGACGUUUGAACGUUUCGUUUUCCAGUUUAGAUAUCGCUCCUUCCAGUACAUCGAUUAGAUCCCAUCAUUAGCGCGUUGCGUAGAGUCGUGUUCUUCUUCUGUUGUGUAGCGAAUUGAAUUUAUUUAAUUACUCGUCCUUCGCCUCUUCGGCACGGCGAGACAAACGAAAGCAUGCAAGCUAACAGGCUCAGUGUUGAGUCAGUUUGGGUUUACGAGGGCAUUAACGGGAACGGGAACGCACGUUGUUGCAGACACGUGAUAAGGAAAGUGUUACUAGGACUAAAUUAUCGGUAUUCACAGAUGUAUGAAGGAACGUUGACGGAAGUAGUUAAACGAAAGAUGCAGGUUCUGAAUGCCGUGGAUUUGGCAUUCGGCUGCAGUAGCAUGUCAAGCAUACCCGGGCGUGGCAAUAUUAAAAAAAGAAAUUGGUUUGGCACGUGUAAGUAGAACGGAAUUUAAUCCAUUCCUCUGUAUCGUUCUCUGAAU